UCGAGCUAUGGGAUGGGAGGGCAUGGCUGCGACGGGAGCGGGCUUCCUAGGGAUCGGCCUAUGGCGCCUGGUCGCCAAUUCCACUCCAGUGGAUCCCGGUAAGCAGCAGCACAGAUCGAUCCGGCAUUGCGACCUCCAAUCGCUCUUCGUCGCGUUCCUGGCCUCGCUCCACAUUCUAGGGAGCUUUCUCGCGUCUCACCGGGACUGGCGGCGCGGCUACCCGGUGGCGUCGGCCAUGGCGCUGGAAUCCUCGGGCACGGCCUCUAUGUUCCUCGUCUACUCCCUCGCCGCGAUCCUCAAGGAGAAGACCAGGAUUUUGCCGCUCCCAAAAGAGAUUUUGCGGCUCCUCGCAGUGACGGCAUUUGGAUUGGAGUUCUUCCUCUUCUAUCUCAAGGAAGACGAUGGCAGCGGCGUCCAGGGGCAGUACCAUCGGCUCCUCCUCGUCCCGAUCGGCGUGUGUUUGGUGUCGACGCUUCUCAGGAUUUGCUACCCCCGCAGUGAGCUGCUGCGUUUCAUCCAGAACUUGGGAUUGAUCCUCCAGGGGACUUGGUUCUUCCAGAUGGCCAGCUCGAUCUUCUCGUCCAGGGGGAUGUCUCAGGGGUGCUGGCUGGAUCAAAACGGUGAGGGCGACUACGCAGUUCACUGCAAAGGGAUGAUGGCAUUGCACAGAGGCAAGGCGAUCGCGACCCUCCAGUUUAACUUGCAUCUGGCCAUGAUCCUCGCGGUGGUGCUGCCAACUUAUGCGUUCUUCCACAAGGCUGGCGGUGGCGGCGACUCUUCGCAAAUCUCGAGGUACCAGCAGCUGGGAAGUAGCGAUCAACCAGUUGCGGGAUCGUUCCAGUUGAGUGAGACGGUUCCCGGCUCGCAAAUCCGGGCCCAAUCGCCAACUUAUGUGCUGGAAGAGGAAGACGAAGCAUAGGAUCACAGCAAAGGUGUUCAACCAUUUAUAUUUCAUGUGAAGAAGAUCUAUCUACAUGGUCCUUGAAGGGUCUUUCUAAAGCAUGAACCAUAGAGCUGAGUUUCAAAAAAUGAUUUGUCAAAUUGUAGCUAA